AUGAAGAAAAACAUUUUAUUAACGCUAUCUAUACUCGUAUUGCUUGAAUUACUAUCGAUGAUUCAAGCUCAGAUAACAUUAAAACUUUAUAAAUAUUGCAUCGUUGGUAGUGGUCCAGGAGGUCUUCAAAUGGCCUAUUUUCUAAAGAAAGCCAACCGAAAAUAUAUCGUGUUUGAAAAAAAUAAGAUAUCAGGGUCAUUUUUCACUCAUUAUCCACGACAUCGGCAACUUCUAUCCGUCAACAAGAAAUUUACAGGCGCUAAGAAUGCUGAAUUCAAUUUGAGACAUGACUGGAAUAGUCUCUUAAGUGAUAAUGCCAGCUUAAUCAUGCCAAAUUACUCUGAUAAAUACUAUCCACAUGCAGAUGAAUUGGUUCGCUAUCUUAAUGAUUAUGCAAAUCAAUUCAAAUUAAAUAUCCAAUAUGAUACCAAUAUCGUAAGAAUAUCUCGGGUCCACUAUAAAAAAAAGAUUAAAUUUAAAAUGAUGGAUCAGCGUAAUACCUUAACCUUAUGUGAUGUCGCAAUAGUCAGCACCGGACUAUCAGUGCCGUAUAUUCCACCAAAUAUUACUGGAAUAGAUUUGACUGAGGGAUACGAAUCGAUAUCAACCAAUGCAUCUGAUUAUGAGGGUCAAUCAGUUUUAAUCCUUGGCCAAGGCAAUUCGGCCUUCGAAACAGCUCAAGCAAUAUCUUCAACAUGCAAUUUUCUGCAUAUGCAUGGAAGGGGUGGAGUUAGGUUGGCUACAUCAACCCACUAUAUAGGAGAUGUUAGGGCAGUAAAUUCUAAAGUAAUUGACUCCUAUCAACUGAAAACGCUAGAUGGACUUAAUGAGCAAGAUAUUCGAAAGAUGGGAUUUGUUAAAACUCCAGACAAUAGGAUUAAGGAUUGUCCAAAAACAUCAAAAGGCGAUCUCGAGGAUGACAUAAGAAAUAGUGGCUAUGACCGCGUUAUCCGCUGCCUAGGAUUUCAGGUUUUACUCAAAAUAUGA